AUGAAGCAACCUCUUCCAGUGGUUGGGGUGUUCAAAGCCAAGAUAAAAGCUCGAAAGAACACCACCCACACGAGUGUAUACAUCAUCAAGGGACAUCAUGCAUCCCUUCUGAGUUACCAGACAGCAACAAGGUUGGGUCUCAUUCAAGUGCUGAAUAGCAUUGAAGAAAAAUCCCAAGUUGAUCCUGUUAAGGAGUUCCCCAGCCUCUUCGCUGGAUUGGGAAAACUACAGAAUUUCCAGGUCAAGCUCCAGAUAAAGGAAGAUGCCAAACCAGUCGCUCGCCCACACAGAAGAAUUCCGUUCAAGAUGCGAAAAGGAGUUGAAGACGAGCUAAAGAGACUAGAAGAACUGGACAUUAUUUAG